GUCUCCUAGCAACGGCUGGAAGCGUUGUUGACAUCCGGAAAGCGGUGACGCCCGACUGAGCCUAGGUCUCGUCGCUGUCGUGAUGGCAGAGGUGGAGGAAACUCUAAAAAGGAUUCAGAGCCAUAAAGGGGUUAUUGGAACUAUGGUUGUAAAUGCAGAAGGCAUUCCGAUCCGAACAACCUUGGACAACUCAACUACUGUCCAAUACGCGGGCCUUCUUCACCAGCUGACGAUGAAAGCCAAGAGCACAGUCCGUGACAUUGACCCUCAGAACGACCUGACUUUCCUUAGAAUCAGAUCAAAGAAACAUGAAAUCAUGGUAGCCCCAGAUAAGGAGUAUCUUCUGAUUGUCAUUCAGAAUCCGUGUGAAUAGACCUGCUAUAGCCAAGUCUGACCUAGAGACAGUCGGUCAGAAACAUUUUACUCUUUAAUGAUUACUAAAAUUAUCUUCCUAUCUAACGGAUCUUUUGGACAUUCCCUUCUCUUUUUGCAUUUAAGCUAGUCUAUGUUUCACUGAUUCCCUUUUGAUUGUAUUGUAAAGCUGUACUUUAGCUCUAUAAUAAACAAAUUCUGGUA